AUGUCUGUUAUUCGAAUUUCUUCUGUUUUGGCACAAUCUGGACUUCAUAACUUGUUAAGUUCGGGAUACUUUGCAAGGUCAUUAGCGAAGAUGGUUGAUGCCAAGAGAGUUCUCAGCUAUGAGGACAUGCUUAAAAUUAUUCAUCAACCAGAGAAAGUAAUAAUCGAUGUUCGUAACCCAGAGGAAGUUACAUCAACUGGAAAAAUACCUUCCAGCAUUAACAUACCAUUGCAUAAUGUCCAAGAUGUAUUAAAAACUAUGUCUGAAGAAGAAUUUAAGAAGCAAUUCCAGAGACCUAAACCAUCUUCUUCAGAUGAGCUAAUUUUUUAUUGUCAAUCUGGCAAACGUUCUUCUGAAGCUCUUGACAAAGCAUUAAAACUUGGAUAUAGCAAAUCCAAGACCUACCUAGGUAGCUGGAAUGAUUGGUCGAACAAACAUAAA